AUGUCGUCUUAUAUGGAUGUUGAACAAUGUCUCUUUGUUUAUCCAUAUAUGACUACUACUGCACUUCUUUCAAGAUAUUCAUCACAACAUUCUAAUCGACGUGAAAAUGAUAUCGAACGAUUAAAACAACGUAUUGAAACUCUUGUAAAAUCAAAUGAUGAAAAAGAAAGAAAAAUAGAAGAUUUACAAACUCAAUUAGCUAAAUAUCAUCCAAUUACAAUAACACAGAUACCAUCAAUUAACACAAAAACAAUUGAUAAUUCUGUAAAUAAUCAUAAUAUUCAAAAAUGUUCUUAUGAUGCAGACGGUGAUAUAUCAGAUUCAAAUUCAUUACCAUCUCUUAAUAGUGAUAAGGAUUCCAAAUUAUCUCAAAAACCUUUAUCAUCUCAUAAUGAACAUGAUUUAUUUACAAAUUCAUAUCAAAAUCCAUUAAGUAAACUAAAACUUGACGCAUUAUAUCGUGCUUCAAGUGCGGAACCAAUGUUAAUUCGAGAAUUUACAAAUACUCCUAUUCAUGAUAUAUCAACUAAAAAACGAACACUUACAUUAAACAAUCGAACAAAUUAUAAAUAUGAUCAAAGUGGUUAUGUAUCAGAUGGACCAAGUCGAAAAUAUUCAAUAUAUAAAAAAACUUUAACAAGUAAUUUAGAUAAAAAUAAAUCAUCAAGUGUUAAAGGAUUAAAAAAUAUAUUUGGAAAAAUUAUUCGAACAAAUUCAGGACAUUUUAAAGAAGAUGAUGAACAAAAAUUAUUAACUUCAUUUCAACGUCAAGAUUUAAUAACUACAAUUAAUUAUGAAAAAAAUUUAUCAAAACAACUUAGUCCAAUAGAAGCAAAAUUUGUUCGUUGGCAAACAGAACAAAUAGUUAAUUGGUUAUAUGGUAUUGGUCUUGGUCAAUAUGCAAGUGAAUGUCGAAAAUAUUUUAAAAAUGGUUUACAAUUAUUAAAUGCAACACCACAAGAAUUAGAAAAAAAAAUGGGUAUGCGUAAUCCAUUACAUCGAAAAAAAAUUCAAUUAUAUUUAAAUAGUCUAUGUACUGGACAAACAGAAGUUAAUUGUCUUGAUACACAUUGGGUUUUAAGAUGGCUUGAUGAUAUUGGUCUUCCACAAUAUAAAGAAUAUUUUGCUGAAUCAAAAGUUGAUGGUCAAGUUUUAAAUAAUUUAACUCUUGAAGAUAUUAUUAAUUUAAAUAUAACAAAUGAACUUCAUCAUUUAAGUAUAAAACGUUCAAUACAAGUAUUACGUUUCAAUAAUUUUAAUCCAACUUAUUUAAAACGACGACCAAGUCCUGAUGAUAAAAAUGAUAUAGAUGAAAUAAUGUAUUGGUCUAAUCAUCGAUUUAUGGAAUGGUUAAGAUCAAUUGAUCUAUCGGAAUAUGCACCAAAUUUACGUGGAUCUGGUGUUUGUGGUGCUCUUAUUGUUCUUGAAUUACGCUUUAAUGUUUCAACUCUAGCAGAAAUUUUAUCAAUACCAACAUCAAGAACUUUAUUAAGACGACAUUUAUCAAUGCGUUUUCAAGAAUUAAUUGGUAAUGAUUUACAAAAUCGUAAAAAUCAAUAUGAAAAAUCUCCUAAUUGUCAACCAUUAACAUUACAUACAAAAAUUAAAUUUUCACGUGGAUUAUUUUCUCAUCGACGAUCACAUUCAAUUGAUAUUGAUGAUCUUAUUUGUCCAAUUAAUGACAAUAACAUAAUUAAUGGAAUAUCACCAUGUCUUAAGCAUUAUCAACGAAAAGGAUCAUCAAUGGUUGAUAAUUUAGAAAAUGAAGUGGGUCUUUGUUUUCUAUUUGUGAUUUUAAUUUAUUUGAAACAAAAUUAA